AUUCUAUUCAUCGAUAUAUAUAAUAAUAUAAAAUGAAAUGCUUGCCAAAGAUUAUAUAUAUAAUCUUUGCUUGCAACAAAUCUGCAAGUCAAGACAGAAAGCAUAAAACGAGGAUAUUAGUGACAUUUUUUAUUUCCCCAAAGCAAAGAUGAAUCUUGUUCAAAAUUCAAGGUUAUAUUCAAAAUUUUACGAUGACGUAAUGUCAAACAAACGUUACUGUUGAAGCUGUAAAUAAAUGUAACGAUUAUUCAGUAAUUUCUGAUUUCUUAUAUUUUGACGAAGAGAAGUUUGCAAGUGAAACUAAUAAGUAUACUUGGAAAUAUGCUGUGAACAUGUUUCUCCACAUUGAACAUUGACUAUAGUGUGAACUUGUGCCCCUUUGGAUCAGAGUAUUUUAAUUUUAGAUCAAAAAAGAGACCAUAGUGACAGAAGUGAACUAUAUUUAGCAUAAGCACUGCAACAAAAACCUCCAGUCUCGACCUGAGUUCCACUAAUGUUCUACUUUGGAUGUCAACAAUUGCAACUUGAUCAUUAGUGCCCUUCGAAAUGGAUUUGAGAUCAAGUACUAGAUCUAGAAGAUCUAAAUCCAGAACCCCCUUUGCAACUACAGAUUCUGAGCAAGUCUAUGUUGAGGAAAAAUAUUCAGCAGUUACUCACUCUGAAGAUAUAAGAACUAGUUCAACUGUUGUCAGGAGCAGCAAUGGAAAGUCUUCAUACGAAAGAUUGAGUGAAGAGUUGAGCAUAAAAAGUUCAGCUACACAACCUUCAGUCAAUAGAAGGACUAGAAGAUUCUCAAAAUUAUAUAAAACAUCCGAUUAUUCUUCUGAAGAUGGAGAAAAUGAAGUAUCUUCAACACGAAGUAUAUCUGAUAAUGAAAAGAAUCGUAUAUUAGAAGAUGCUCGAAAGGCAGCUGAUAAUUCUACAGGAAUCACAGCGCUUGGACUUUAUAGAAAAGCUAAACAAUAUUGGGAAGAAUACCCAAAAACAGACUGGACCUAUUCUCCGUUCUCUAAGGACAGAGUAGAAAUAGCUCCUGGUGUUGUAGCCAUGCCAAACAUGUCGCGUAGACAUAUUUCUUCCUACAAUAAAUAUACCAAUACUAAUACUUACAGUGCGUCAAGUCCGUCCAGUUUUCUUAGAACACGUCAAAUCUUAGAAACAAAUACGUUUUAUGGUGUGGUUAAGAAGAGUAUUCUCAGAGUGUUGAUAUCCAUUUUGAGCAUAUUUCACCUAUUUUGGAGACCGUUCUCUUAUGCUUUUAGAUUUAUACAUUCAGUAUGCAUCACAGUAGCCAAGGGGAUAUAUUUAGGAACAAGUGCAAUUAUGCUUUUGGAUACAUGGCUUCUGAGAAGUAACAGGAAUUAUGGGAAAGCUGCCGCUCUUACUGCUUUAUGCCUGAUACCGUUUCUUAUAAUUGGAGGUUGGUGGUUAUCUCUGACUACUAGAGAAAAUAAUUGGAAUUCCAUGGAGAACUUAUUUUCUACUGAUGGGGCUGACCAAACAGUAAUCAUAAAUUCUAAGAACAUAAGAACCAACGAACAAACUUACAAAAAUCUUCAUCAGGACUCAAGUGGAUAUAGUCUAACAGAAAGACAAUUGGACGAAAUACUACAAUACAUUAAGGCAAGCCUCAAUACUAACAACGAUAUCGACUAUCAAGAAAUAACCAAAAACAUAAUGAAUACAGAAAUUAUUCAGAAUCUCAUGAAUGAGUACAAAGAAAAUCAUUUGAUUUCUAAUAAACAGGCCAACAUCGAGGAUUUAGUAGAAAAUCAACGUAAAUCCAUUGAAGCAUUAACAAAUGAACUGAGUCAACUUAAAACUGAAAUUUCAAAUUUACAAAACCACCAAGCAAAUUUGAAUGAGAGAAACAUGAAGAUACAUACAGAAAGUUCUCAAAAAAUGGAUUAUUUCAUGUAUCAACUGAACAGAUGUUGCAAAAAGGCUGUCAAUCUUGAGUCCCACAUACUCAAGACACUUAUAGCGGAUUUGAAUAAUCCCAACUUUCUUCAAAACCAGAAGGGGCUCACCAAUUGGUUGAAUUCACUUUUUGUCGCUAAAACUGAGCUUGAAAACCAAAUAUCACAACUUUCUGAACAAUUAAAAUCAAACUUUGAGAGCCUGCUGCAGAGCAACAGCAAAUUUUUGAUGGAUCAAGUGAGAACCAAAUUAAAUUUUGAGUUCAAUUUGAAGCACACAGAGGGACAAGUUAGUCAGGGUUCACCAUCAGUAAACAUAAGCGAACACACAGUUAGACAAAUAGUUAGGGAUACCUUGAAAAUUUACGAUGCCGAUAAAACAGGUCUUGUGGAUUAUGCAAUGGAGGCAAUGGGGGCCCAGGUUAUCACUACAAGAUGUACAGAGAGCUAUCAUGCUGGAACUGCAGUGGUAUCAGUUUUUGGACUCCCCUUGUGGUACCUCACUGCUUCUCCGAGAACUGUGAUAACUCCUGGUAUAAAUCCAGGAAAAUGCUGGGCAUUUCAAAACUUUCCCGGACUUAUCGUCAUAAAAUUGAUGGCUCCGAUUCGAAUAGAAGCGUUUUCAUAUGAACAUGUGAGUAGACUUCUUGUUCCAGAUGGAAAAAUCGAUUCAGCACCCAGAGACAUCGAGUUUUAUGGUUUGGAAGAUGAAAAUGAUAAGAACGGCGUGAAGAUUGGAAGUUAUAGAUAUGAUUAUAACGGUGAAUCUCUACAGUUUUUCCCUUCUCAGAAUUCUGAUUCUGUAUUUCAAUACGUUGAAAUCAGAAUAAUUUCAAAUCAUGGAAAUCCUAAUUACACAUGCCUAUACAGAUUUAGGGUACAUGGAAAUAAAAUUAUGAGCUAACAUGCGAGUUCAUGUAAAGAAUUAUGGAAAGUGUCAAAUUCGAGUAAAAGUAAUAUCAAUAUCGGUUAUAAAGCAAUAUCUUCCCCACUACACACCAUAAAAUUGUUAUAUCUUAGGCUAAAUACACUUUUUUAUAAUUAUAAAAGUACAAAUUUUGUAAUAUUGUUGUUCGUGUAUUUUCUUAUUGUUUCAAUUCAUUCUGUUCUUAGGGGAUUAUUUGGGUGUAAAACAGUGCCUUCUGUACAAAAACAGUAAUUUUUUCAUUUUGGACAUUUUGUAUUUAGAAAUCAUUUAAAGUAGUUCUGGGAUACAAAUAACAAAGACAACUUUUACAAGAUUCCAAGCAAGUGAUCUAGUGCCUUCAAAACAAGUCUGAAAAACAGAAAGUAAAACUGCAAAGUUAUCUGUAGAUUGCUUGACUAACAUCAGUUGUAAAAUAUACAACACAUUUCUUUCUGUUAUAUAUCUGAUUAAAAAUAAAUUGUAAAUAUGGUAGAUCACAUUUUUUUAGCCAAACUGUAGAUGUAUGAAGUUGGUGGGUUGAAUAAUCUGUCUGUCGACUGUUAAGUCCAGAGUUACCAGAAUCUGCUGUAUUAUAAUUUAUUCAAAUCUACAUAUAGGUCUUUACGAUGCACAUGAGGAAAUUUUUUUUUACUGAUAAUGAUAUCUAACUUAUUCUAGUCUGUGAUUUUUCUAUUUUAUAGGUACAAAAAAAUCGAAUGGGUGAAAAUCAUAACAUUGUUGUUCUAUUAAUUGAUUUUGUUUUAUUUUUUAUUUUAUUUUAUUUCAUUACAUAAUAUUCUUUCAGUCUAUAAACUUUUAUUCUCCUGUGAAGAGAAAAUUGGGCAAAUCAAAUUCAGAAAACCACAAUGGCAUGACUUGAAAUUUCUAUUGUUCACAAUUUCAUGAUCAAUCAAAUUUAUUUGAAUGUAUGACUCUCAUUCAUGUAAUGUAUUUUUUUAUACCUAGGUAUUUGGUGUCGUUUGAAUUGAAUGGAGCUCGUGAAUUAAAUCACAACAAUUUUCCACAAUGCCCAAUUUUCUUAACCAAUAUCAAAGCUUAAUUGUUUUAUUGUUUGUUCUUGACCCAAAAGUAGUAGCUCCAAAUUAGUAAAUAAUCUAAAAAAAUCUAUUUUCCUGAAGGCAAUUGUAUACAUGACUAUAAAUUCUGUAAAUUGUUAUUUUGGAUGUAAUUAUCUUUGUUUUUCUGCUUUUUUUUGCACAAAUUAUAUUUAUAUUUUUAGUUUUAAUAAAGCCUUUUUGUAUGA